CAGCCGCUCCCGGGCCCUGCCGACGUGGCGGGGCGGGGAAGGGCCAGGGGGCGCUCGGGGGACCAGCUCUGCGCUCGAGCGAAAUAAAAAUGUCUGAAGACACAAGUAACACUAUAGCACCAGAAGAAAAAACUGAAAUAACCACGAAUACAGAUUCUUUACUUGGGGAGGCUGCGAUACAUCAUGAAACGACAGAUAUUUUGAAUGAAUCUCUACCAAUGGGACUAAAAGAAGAAGAUAAAAACAUCAAAGUAGAAGAUGAAGAGGUGGCUGGUACCCAGCAUUCUAACAAUCCCUUGACAGAAGACAUAGCUACAAAUCAACCUCCUUCUAAUGGGGAAGUGACAGAAGAUGUACUUGUUGAGUGCAUCGAGUCUGUAAGUCUUGAGCCAGAUCCUGCAUCUGAAGUGUUGAAUGAGCAAAGCAACCAAGAUGAGGAUUCCUCUUCUCAAGGAAGUGGGUGGACAGGAUGGGGAUCUUGGGGAAAAUCCCUUUUGUCAUCUGCAUCUGCUACGGUUGGUCAUGGAUUAACAGCAGUUAAAGAAAAAGCAGGGGCCACUCUCAGGAUUCAUAAUUCAAAUUCUAGGUCAUCUGAAAGUGAACCAGUGGAUACAGACAAAACACUCCAAGUAACAGAAACUGGUGUGGAUCAGAGCUCUGAAGAGGAUCCCCCUUCUUCCCCAUCAGGAUCCCGAGGGAUGCUGUCAACUAUCACCACCGUUGUUCAUAACACAGGUAAAAGUGUCUUAAGUGGGGGCCUGGAUGCUUUGGAAUUCAUCGGCAAGAAAACCAUGAAUGUUCUUGCAGAAAAUGAUCCGGGUUUUAAGCGCACCAAAAUAUUGAUGGAGCGAACAGUUUCUUUAUCUCAGAUGUUACGGGAAGCAAAAGAGAAAGAGAAGCAGAGAUUGGCUCAGCAGCUCACGGCAGAAAGGACGGCACAUUAUGGGAUGCUUUUUGAUGAAUAUCAAGGCUUGUCCCACCUGGAAGCGCUGGAAAUUCUCUCUAAUGAAAGUGAACUCAAGAUUCAGUCAUUUUUAGCAUCACUUGAUGGAGAGAAAUUGGAAAGCAUUAAAAAUGACUUAAUUGCUAUCAAAGACAUCUUUACACCAAAGGAAUCAGAGAAUGAAGAAAAUCAAGAAGAAAAUGAUGAAAAGGGAGAAUUUGUUAGCAUGCUAACGGAACUUCUCUUUGAGUUACAUGUUGCAGCGACUCCUGACAAACUCAAUAAGGCUAGAAAAAAGGCUCACGACUGGGUGGAAGCAGCCCAAACUGUGACAUCAGUCGAUGUGGUAGAACAGCCAGUAGAGAAAACUCCAGAGGAUGAAGAAGAGAAUCCUAAAGUCCUUGAAGAAGAAAAUAAAGAAGAAAAGAAAACCAAGACCCUAGAGGAAGUGUACAUGUUAUCAAUUGAAAGUCUUGCUGAAGUAACUGCUCGCUGUAUUGAACAACUUCAUAAGGUAGCAGAGCUCAUUCUUCAUGGGCAAGAAGUGGAAAAACCAGCUCAGGACCAAGCAAAAGUUCUUACCAAAUUAACCAGUGCAAUGUGUAAUGAAGUGGCUUCCUUAUCUAAGAAGUUUUCUGACUUUUUAACCAUGACUGGGAGCAACCAGAAGGCUGAGGUCCUCAACCCAAUGAUCAAUAGUGUUUUGUUAGAGGGUGCCAAUAGUACUACAUACAUCCAGGAUGCUUUCCAGCUGUUGCUUCCUGUUCUGCAGAUUUCACAUAUCCAAACCAAUUGUUUGAAAGAAGAGCAGUGACAGCUGCCAGAAUCCAUCAGCGUGUAAAAGGAAGCCCCGGUCACAUCCUUGUCGUGUUUGUGGUUAAGGGCUGUCUUCAGAGAAAAGUGGCUCCCAAAGGCCCAUCACAGGACACUACAGCAGUUUUGCACAGACAGUAUUGAAUUAAACGUUUAAAUACAUUUCUCUUAAUGUAUAUGGUUGUUAGAAUAGCUUUUUUUUGCAAAUAGUAAUAUUUUCUUCAUAUUAAUUUAAACUUGAAUGGCAAGUAUAUUCAAAAUAGUGUUGGCUUGAUUAUAUCUCCUCAUAAAAAAUAAUUCCUGUGCUUUAAUUGGUAAAUUACACUGGGUCUGGAGAUCCCAGGAUCUUGAAUUCUUAUGCAGAUUGUUUCAAAUUUCCUGUUCUUCAAGCAUUAAUUUUUAAGGGUUUAACUUAAAUUUUUGACUAAAUUGUGAUGUAGAAAACAUAUCUUAUGAAAUUUUGAUCUAAAUAGUAAGGCAGAAUGGUAUAGCGGAAAAGCACCCAGUGUAGGGCGAUAUAGGGAACCUGAACUCGGGCUCUGCCAAUGGUAUAACCUUGAGUGAGUGACUUAAUUUCUCCAAGUCUCAGGUGUCUCAUUGUAAACAUAAGGUGCUUAGUCUAGAUGAGAGGUUCUUAAUUGUUUUUGUGUCAUGGACUCUGCUGGCAGUCUGGUGAAGCUUAUGGAUCCAUUCUGGGAAUGUUUUUAAAUACAGGGGAAACCAAUUAUAUUGAAAAUACAGUUAUCAAAAUAUCUAUUUUUUAAAUUUACAGAUCUCAAACUAAGAAUUCUUAGACCAAAUGGCUCUGACUUUCUAUCCAGUUCUAAAAUUCUAUGACAGUAAAAAUAAAAUAAAAUUCUAUGACAAUAUACACUAUCUAAUUAUGUACUCAAGAGGUGUAAUCAGAUCUGUAAUAAAGAACUUUUAAUUUGGUUCUACUAUAAUGUACUGAAUCUGAAAAAAUAUUAACAGUAUCCCUACAGGACAAAAUGUAAAGAGUAAGGAAAACAGAGACUAUGUUUAAUAAUUGGUUUCUUGUUCAUUAUAUAUUUUUCCAAUUGACUUGUAAUGUAACAAUCUGGAGCUAUUAAAUAAUUUCACAUCAGAAGAGAUUUUUAAUUAUUCAGCUUAAACAGCUGAAUAAAUUUGAUUUGAUUUGAUAACUGCAUGACAACAUAGCUUUAUCAGACUGAAAGCUCUUUGAGGGUUGGAACUGAUCUUAUUUGCUUAUUUUGCUUUUUAUCCCCAGAACUUAACACAGUACCUCAAAAAAAAAAGUGCAUAAUAAAUAUGAAUUGAAUCAGCAUAAGUAUCAUGGUCUUUGAAAUUAAAUUGCUAUUUAUGAAUUCAUUUGUAUAUGGAGAUGAUGCUUACAUGACUUGAAUAAUAAGUUAAACCCUUAGGAAACUGUUUCAGAUAGUUUACCAUCUGAGGGAGAGGAGAAGAGAAAAAGGAGGGGAAAGAUAAAAUUUAGAACUCAAAACUUUUUUCAAAAAGAAUGUUAAAAAUCAUUUUUACAUAUAAUUGAGGAAAAAAUAAAACAUUGGGAGACUUUCAUAAGUCAUCACUACAAAAGGUUGUUUGCAUUUAUGAAUCUCUCACCUUCAUUGUCAAUUGUGCUGCAAACUCUGACUACUACUCUCUUCCCUGUUGAGCUCUGUUGAAAAUCCAGAAAGGAUUAUCACAAGAUUUAGCCAGUGAAUCCACUCAAUACCACAUAAGGCCAUCUGGUUUACAAACCUUCUCACAACUACAUAGCCCUUUGUCCACAUAUAUCCCUUUAUUUAUUUCUCUGCUAGGGUAUCUCCAGCCCACACACACUCCCACCCUCACAAAUCCCUGUUGUGUAAUGUUCUGUUCCUCAGAAUUUCAUGUAUCAAGAAUAUGAUGGCCUAGAAAGCCCCAAAGAGAAAACUAUAAAGAAUCAUUGCUAUAGAAUCUGAAAAAAAACCAUGUUUUUCUGUGGGAAGCUUCCAUUAUAAUAACCUGAAUUAAGUAGUGUUUUAUAAAGAUUAUCUCAUUUUAAGACCCCAAAAUCCUCUGAGGUAGGCUUAUUAUUUAAUAGAUGAGAAAACAGUCCUGGAAAUUUUAAUUUGAGUUCUACUACGAUUUACUAAAUCUAAAAAAUAUUGGCCAUAUCCCUACAGAACAAAAUGUAAAGCUUAAGGAAAAUAAGAGACUGUCUUUAAUACUUGGUUUCUUGUUCAUUAUAUAUUUUCCUAAAUGAUAUGUAAUGUAUCGAUCUGGUGCUAUUAAAUGAUUUCUUACUGUACGAAGAGGUUUUUAGUUAUUCAGCUGAAUAAAUUUGAAUCGAUUUGCUAAAUGCAUGACCACAUCAGACUUUAUCAGACUAUAAACUCCUUGAGAGUAGGGACCUCAUCUUGCUUCCUGAAGAACAGUGUGAGGGUUAGGAAACCUCUAUAUUUGCCUUUCAAACACUCAGUGUGCAAGCAAGAGAAGAAUAUAUGCAGGAUCAUGUUUGCUGUAAGAUAUUGCAGUUCCAAAGAGCCUUGCAGACAUUAAAUUAAUUAAGUGUGGAAUUUUAAAAAGGUACUUGGAGCCAAGAGCAAGAUUUCACUAGUUAGAUUUUUAAACCCACAGGGGAAGAUUACUUUCAUGGAUAGCAGUUAAUGCAACUUAAACACCCUGAUAUCCAGAAGAAGAAAAAACGCUUUUCAAAAAUUGCAAAAAUAAUGUCUCAUUCUAAAAGAACUGUUUUACUUUUCUGAAAAUAGGCAAAUGCAUAACAAUUCCAGGGGUCUGGUUUUAUGUAUUUUUACAAUAAAAUAAUCACUUAAAAUGA